GACCGCGCUGGUGCUGAUGCAGGAUGGCUGAGCAUGCAGGAGCCCGGGAGGUCUGAGCAGGGUGAGGCUCGCUCCCUGCGCAUCUCCUCAUCCGCCUGCCCGUCUCGUGGUUCCAGGCAGGUGGGCUGGAGGGGCAGGGCAGGGUAGGGCAGGAGGUCAGCAACCCGCAGGUCCCAAGACUGAGAGGCAGUUCGCUUCCCGGUGCUGGAGCUACCUCGCUGCUGGGCUCGCGAUGACCUGCUGAAAAGCUGCGGGAGGCUGCGGGAGGCGGCCUAGCUGCGGGCGGCGGUUCGCUGCCUCCGUCGUGCUGCCCAGCCGGGCCCCCGACCCAUCCCCGAGCCCCCUCCUGCUCGAGAUGGCGGAUCCAGCCGAAUGCAGCAUCAAAGUGAUGUGCCGGUUCCGGCCCCUCAACGAAGCGGAGAUCCUCCGCGGGGACAAAUUCAUCCCCAAAUUCAAAGGCGAUGAGACGGUGGUGAUCGGGCAAGGGAAGCCAUAUGUCUUUGACAGAGUGCUGCCGCCCAACACAACCCAAGAGCAGGUCUAUAAUGCCUGUGCAAAGCAGAUUGUCAAAGAUGUCCUUGAGGGUUAUAAUGGGACAAUUUUUGCAUAUGGACAGACUUCAUCAGGAAAAACCCACACCAUGGAGGGGAAGUUGCAUGACCCUCAACUCAUGGGGAUCAUACCGAGAAUUGCACAUGACAUUUUUGACCACAUUUAUUCCAUGGAUGAAAAUCUGGAGUUUCACAUCAAGGUUUCCUAUUUUGAGAUCUACUUGGAUAAAAUAAGGGACUUACUUGAUGUAUCCAAGACUAACUUGGCUGUUCAUGAAGAUAAAAACAGAGUCCCCUAUGUAAAGGGAUGCACCGAGAGGUUUGUGUCAAGCCCCGAGGAGGUCAUGGAUGUGAUAGAUGAAGGCAAAGCAAACCGACAUGUGGCUGUGACAAACAUGAAUGAACACAGCUCUAGAAGUCACAGUAUCUUCCUGAUUAAUAUUAAACAAGAGAAUGUGGAGACUGAAAAAAAACUCAGUGGGAAGCUUUAUUUGGUUGAUCUGGCUGGGAGUGAAAAGGUCAGCAAAACUGGUGCCGAGGGAGCUGUUCUUGAUGAAGCUAAAAAUAUCAACAAGUCUUUGUCUGCUCUUGGAAAUGUGAUCUCUGCCUUGGCAGAAGGAACAAAAACACAUGUGCCAUACCGGGAUAGCAAGAUGACUCGGAUUCUCCAGGACUCUCUGGGUGGGAACUGUAGAACCACGAUUGUCAUUUGUUGUUCUCCUUCUGUCUUCAAUGAAGCCGAGACCAAGUCCACACUGAUGUUCGGACAGAGAGCUAAGACCAUUAAGAAUACAGUCUCUGUGAACUUGGAACUAACAGCGGAAGAAUGGAAGAAGAAAUAUGAAAAAGAGAAAGAGAAGAACAAGACUUUGAAGAAUGUUAUCCAACAUUUGGAGAUGGAGCUGAACAGGUGGAGGAACGGAGAAGCUGUGCCUGAGGAUGAACAGAUCAGUGCUAAGGACCAGAAGAACCUGGAGCCGUGCGAUAACACACCCAUCAUAGACAACAUCACGCCUGUUGUUGCUGGCAUCUCCACUGAGGAGAAGGAAAAAUACGAUGAGGAGAUCUCCAGUCUAUACCGACAGCUGGAUGAUAAGGAUGAUGAAAUUAACCAGCAGAGCCAGCUGGCUGAAAAGCUAAAGCAACAAAUGUUGGAUCAGGAUGAGCUUCUAGCGUCCACGAGAAGAGACUAUGAGAAGAUACAGGAGGAGUUGACACGCCUCCAGAUUGAAAAUGAGGCAGCCAAAGAUGAGGUGAAAGAAGUCCUCCAGGCUCUGGAGGAGCUGGCUGUCAAUUACGACCAGAAGUCACAGGAAGUGGAGGACAAGACCAGGGCCAAUGAGCAGCUGACAGAUGAGCUGGCUCAGAAAACGACGACACUGACAACCACACAGCGAGAGCUGAGUCAGCUGCAAGAACUUAGUAAUCACCAGAAGAAGAGGGCUACAGAGAUCCUGAACUUGCUGCUAAAGGACCUGGGAGAGAUAGGUGGAAUUAUCGGCACCAACGACGUGAAGACCCUGGCAGAUGUGAAUGGAGUCAUUGAAGAGGAGUUUACCAUGGCCCGCCUGUAUAUUAGCAAGAUGAAGUCAGAGGUCAAGUCCUUGGUGAACCGCAGCAAACAGCUGGAGAGUGCCCAGAUGGAUUCUAACAGGAAGAUGAACGCCAGUGAGCGAGAGCUGGCAGCAUGCCAGUUGCUCAUCUCCCAGCAUGAAGCCAAGAUCAAAUCUCUGACAGACUACAUGCAGAACAUGGAGCAGAAGAGGAGGCAGCUGGAAGAGUCCCAGGACUCCCUCAGUGAAGAGCUGGCCAAGCUCCGAGCCCAAGAAAGAAUGCAUGAAGUCAGUUUCCAAGAUAAGGAAAAGGAACACCUGACGAGGCUACAGGAUGCUGAGGAGAUGAAGAAGGAGCUGGAGCAGCAGAUGGAGAGUCACCGGGAAGCUCACCAGAAGCAGCUGUCCAGACUUCGAGAUGAAAUUGAAGAGAAGCAGAAAAUCAUUGAUGAGAUUCGGGAUUUGAAUCAGAAACUGCAACUGGAACAAGAAAAGCUGAGUUCUGAUUAUAACAAGCUGAAAAUAGAGGACCAAGAGAGAGAAAUGAAACUGGAAAAGCUCCUGUUGCUCAAUGAUAAAAGGGAACAAGCCAGGGAGGACCUCAAGGGACUGGAGGAGACAGUGUCUAGAGAGCUUCAGACUCUUCAUAAUCUCCGCAAACUCUUUGUCCAAGAUCUGACCACCCGGGUAAAAAAGAGUGUGGAGCUGGACAGCGAUGAUGGAGGGGGCAGUGCUGCCCAGAAGCAGAAGAUCUCUUUCCUAGAGAAUAACUUGGAGCAGCUCACCAAGGUGCACAAACAGCUGGUCCGGGACAAUGCAGAUUUACGCUGUGAACUCCCCAAGCUGGAGAAGCGACUACGGGCCACUGCAGAGCGUGUUAAGGCCCUGGAGAGUGCACUGAAAGAGGCCAAGGAGAAUGCCAUGCGGGACCGCAAGCGCUACCAGCAGGAAGUGGAUCGCAUCAAGGAGGCCGUUAGAGCCAAGAACAUGGCCAGGAGAGCACAUUCAGCCCAGAUCGCCAAGCCCAUCCGCCCUGGACAUUACCCAGCAUCAUCUCCAACAGCUGUCCAUGCCGUCAGAGGAGGAGGCGGUGGCUCUUCAAACUCUACUCACUAUCAGAAGUAAAAGCAGAAUCUGACUCCACGUAGCAUGAACAGGACUACAUUAGUCACCAAUUGCUUUAUUUUUUCCCUUCCUAUACAGUUUCCAUUUCUUUUUACACUUGCUUACCCGGCCGUCUGCAGUACACCAGUUUCAGGUGUUUUGAGCUGUGUAGAAUUUGUGUGUACAGACGCGUGCUUGGACUUCUCUCCUUCUAAGACACUGGAAGGAGGUGGUGAUGAACCAUCCCUUACUGUUCAGAACCAUUGCCGCUGACUCGACCUCCGGGGUUGUGUGGUCUCUGGCAGUCCCUGCAGUCCACUGUCCCAUAGGAACGGACCUUCCUGCUGUGCCAUUCCCUGGAGGGGACAACCAAGUGCUGUGGAGGUGGAGAUCAUGCUCUGCCUCAACUGUCUGGGUUCCUGUAAAAUAAACACAUAACUUUAUAUUUUUAGGGAACAAAAAAGUGCUGCUAUAGGGUUCAAAAUUUUCAUUCUGAACACUUUUCCGGAAAAAAAAUAUAAUAGCCGCAGAGAGCACUUUGAAUAUCUUGGUCAUAUCUUUGGAUCUGUAAAAUACACCUUUUAGUAUGGUAUCUGUUAAAAUGCAAAGCAAAUUUCUUCAAGGCAGAAAAAGAAUCUGACAGUAGCAAUGUAGAAUUUGCUCAUUCAGACACAUCUAUGUAAAUGCAGAGUCAUAAUAUUCACCUCCGAGCUGCUUGCUGUUGAACCUGCAGCAACUAGUCUCUGCCGGCUCAGUUGUUUGAACAUCAUUCCUAUACAAGUGUUGAAAAUGCUGCAGAAUCGGGUGAGUGGAGAUGAGGCUACACCCCCUCUUCCCUAUUUCCUCCCCAUUUUUUUGGAUUCUACAUUGGGACAGCCUCUUUCUGUGGCGAAGCGCUUUGUACUUGAGAUAUUCCUGAAGAAAUCCAACAUCAUUCCAGCAGCUGAAAAAGAAAUCCCUCAGGGGAAAGUCAUUGAUGAAAUUUGUGCCUGUCUGCAAAUAAGUUCUUAUCUUAACCCGUCAUUGCAAACUGUUUAUUUGAAUUCUCUCUUUGGCAUUAAACAGGCUUUAUCUUCUAGGUACAAUUAGGAAAAGAAUCAGGAUAAAUGGAUUGUUUUUUUAUAUUUAGUUAUUACUUUAUUCAAAUACAUGAAUCUAAAGAUGACUCCUUUACUUCCAUCUAGGGGUAUCAAAAGGAUCAAUUUCCAAGUAGUAAAGUUUUCAGGGAAACUGACAAAGGUUUAUAGAAGUUCCUGUUGUGUGCUGCUCCUUGUUUUCACAAAUUUGAGGGUGAGUUAGUAACAGUCUCAGUGAAAUCAUCCAUCCUGUCAUCAUAUGUGCUCAAGAAGUGUGAGCUGGCACUGUCUUCUGCAGCUGGCACCACUGGAUGGAAGUGUAUGCCAGGGGGAUGUCAGGCUUUCUCCAGGCUGUGUGUCUUGAAAAAGUUAAUGUGUGCUCAUGCACAUCUGGAUAUGUGUAAAAUGCAGAGGACUGUGUGCAUUGACUUCCAGAUUCUUUCUAUAUAAAAUUUCCCUAACAAAGCAACCCUGCUUUGACUUAAUUUUUUUGUUAAAUGCUUCACAUUGUCUGUGAAGCAGACAAAUGAGAGGAAAAGAGAACAAAUUCUACUGAAGUAUUUAUUUCAUAAAGACGAUUUGCAUUUGUUUAAAUGUUUCACUCUGUGAGUUUGUUGUCAUUAUCUGUCCCAUAUAACACUGCUUGCUCACUAUUUGUGCAGUCUAAUGGAAGGGUCUUUGCAGGGCAGGUUUUGUAAACCUUAUCAGGUAAUAAUAGAUGCCACAGAUUUUAUGCUUGCUGUUCAUGUUUGUCUCUGACUUCAGAAGCUAAAACAUUGGCUUUUAAGAGGAUUGUCAACUAAACAAUUGUCAUCUCUAAUACCUACUGUUGUCUUUUAGACAACUGUGUUACUUUGUGCUUGGAAAUUGGACACAAGCCAGUAAUUUUCUUUUCUAGGCUUUCGCUAAUAUCCAUCAUAAAAUGAUUAUUUUAAAUUCUUCCCAAAGUAAUUUUUCCCUUGGUACCAGUUUUCUACUUUUGAAGACUUGCUAGACCCUUUCAUGUUUCGAAAAGAAACACUCAUUUGUAGUUCCACAUUACUUGAUCUCUACAAGGGCCUUACAGAAUUCCCUUUGCUUUUAUUCACAUAGGAAGUUGGCUUUGAUGUCUUUUAAAGAUAAUUCUGCUAGCUGCUGAUCAGCCAGUCAGUUCAUCUAGCUUCUUUAUAAGACCUCUAAUCUAAUUUUCUCACACUGUGACUAAAAGGUAGGCACACGAUCGAGCAGAUUAUAUAGUUUAUUCAAGUGGAUCCCUUAGUCUUGCUUUGUUUAUUAACUAUUUUAUCAGGACAAUACACUCAGGCCACUUUUUAAAAAUUUAAUUUUUGCGAAUUUUAUAUAAUACAUCUUGAUUAUAUUUAGACCCCUCCCCUAUCUGUACCCCCCCAUCCCCUCCCCCACGUAAUUUCAUGCAUUCUGUCAUAUAUGUUAAGGCCUACUAAGUCAAAUUUCUGUCCCCAAAUGUCCCUUGCUGUGAGUCCGUCCACUGGAGCCUGGUCAGUUUAUCUAGUGUCAUUUCAUUAGGCCACUUUUUAUAAAAGAUCCUCUUUAUUAAAUUAAUCACUGUUGAAAGACUGUUGCAUCCUAUACUCUAAAUAUGUAAAACAUACUUCUGAACAGCCAAGUGUAUGCUCAUUUUUUGGUUGUGUGCUACUUUUCGCUGUAUGUCUGUAUGUUUUCUCCUCUGAAUAAUUUACUAUUCACACUGCUUCUUGAAAGGUUACUCUGAGAUGCUGUAAGAUAAUAGCCAAGUGGUUGAUACAAACAACCUCUACCUGCAGUGUGGUGGGUUGCUGAUAGGAAAUAAGGGAAUGUUGAAGAUAUCAAUUAUGGGACCUUAUACCAAGUGCAUUUUGAUCAAUUCUAUAUACAUAUAUGAUAUCAUCUCUUCAAAUGCUGUACAGUUUGCUUUAUUGAAUGACAGGUGGUAGACAGAACAGUAAGAGGGAUUAACACUUUUAAAGGAAAUAGACUCAUACGAUUAAGAAAAGCAGAACCUGUAGAAAUACUGGAAUAAAGAGAUAAAAAGUUUGUCUAGAAUUUAGAUCCAGUGACUCUUCAAAGCCCUCAAGUUAAAGUGUCAUUUCUGUCUCAGGACACUCCUAAGACACCACCAGAGCUUGAGGUGGGGGUCUUAUCAGUUUCAUUUUCCUGAAAGAGAAACUAAGGGUAAAUACAGCUCUUUAACAACCCCCCCCCCCGCCUUUGACAUAUGCAUUUUAGAAGGGCAUGUGCCAUUGGAAGUCUAGGUAGAAGACAGACUGAGGAAGUUUGUCAUUAGCAGGAAAGUUUGUCACUGGGCAAGUUUCACUUCAUUGUCUCACUCUGAUUAACUUGAGCAAGCUGAAGAUUCGUCACAGUCUGAAACUGCUUCAUAACACUUAUAAUUUUGAAUUUUAAAUGAGUGUUGAAUAAGGGCCAGGUAACCACCUUAGGAGGUACCAGUCCAUGGAGUCUGCUUAGUUACUGAAAAUUGUGUAUCAAUUUUAAAUACUUCCCAUGUGUGCAGAUACAAGGGGAAUAGGGCUUUCUGUAGAACUGUGUCUAGUUUGUAAAGUGUCAUGUGUACUGCAGAUGUGUGUUCUCUGGGCUUUAUGUAUUUGUACAGUAGCUUUCAUUAAGAAAAAUUGUAGACAAACUUGUUUCUGUGGUUUGACGGGGAGAAUGGCAGUGUGUAUCAAAUGGCUAUCCUGUAUGAUGGUACGUGUCCCAAAAGAUCUAGAAGUACCCUCCCCUGGCCCUUUGAAAAUUUUGGUUAUCUCCUAGGCUCUAAAAUGAAGAUGUAUGGAUACUCCGGCAGACUGCAUGUUGUAUAACUUGAAAAAUAUUAAAAGUGGAAAAUAAAACUGAAUUAAACUUUGA